AAUACGUAAUGAUGAUCCAACGAUAUGACCAGCGGCCCUGGAGGAGGCGGAGGGAGUGGGCAGCCGGCGCACAGUAGUGCAGCGGCAACAACAGUGAGCAGCAACAACAGAUGCAACACACCAUCGACAGCAGCAGCAACAUCUUCAACGGCAACAGCAUCUUCCGGAGGAGGAACAUUGCAGCGUCGCAUACUGCGCGGUCAUGCAGCGCAGACAACCAGCGGCGAACGUGUUCUGCUCAUCAACUAUGUGCCCCAGUCGGGAUCCCAAACGGGAUCGGGAGCAGCAUCCACAUCGGCUGGCUCAAACCAAAGCACGUCCCAAUUGCCCACUCGUAAAGUUCUCCAGGCCAGAGCCACGGCAGGAACAGCAGCGGCAGCAGCAGCUGGGGGAGGAGUAAGUGCAUCCCCCUCGACUGUUUCUGGAACAUCCACAUCCACGCCAGUUGUCUCGUUUGCCGGUUUGGGCUCUGAGGUGACGGUUACGUUGACGCGAACCAACCAGCGCGCCAGCGUCACCAGUGUCACCGCCGCUGGUCAUAUUGUACGGAACCAACAAUCAGCUUAUCACCACACAACGACCACCGCCACAGCAUUGACAUCGACCAGCACGACAGCCAUGCACGAGCCGAUUCAGCACAUAGCAACGCCAACGACGCCGCCACCACUCGUUUUCACUCAUCAUCCGCAUCACAUCCACUACCAUCAGGAGGAUCAGCUGGUGGAUCAUCAUCAACUGGAGCAGGAUCAGAUGAAUAUCGAUCACAAUCAGCAGACGGAGGCUGAUCAGUUGAUCGAGUACGAUGGUGGGGGAAUCGAAGAUCAGCAUCAUCAGUUGCAAUUGCAGGACGAUCUCCACGAUCCGCAGCAACAGCAGCAACAUGAAGUUGUCCAAGAGGUUUAUCUCCAGUAAAAUAAAUUUAACAUAACAACAUAUAAUACACAUACAUAUAGAACAUAUAAGUAUAUAAUUAUAUAAUAAAGUUUUAGCCAUUGUGAACUCUUAAAAUGUGUUGCCAAGAGAUGGUUUUAACGUUGUUCAAAGCUUUAUUUUGGUCAUUUUUUGAAAAAAGAAAUGCAGUAACACAUAUAAGGUUAUUCUGUUUUAAGACCUACCAAAAUCGUACAAUUUUGUUGAUUCACAUUUUUCUCGACGGAGAAACCUACUUCAUGUAAGCGGAAGAUUUUGGGAAAGUCCAAUUUAUGUACUGUACAUACACAUAUUUAAUAUCAAAUAUAUCUGUACUAAAUCUGAUCAAAUAUAGAACAUAGAAUGUAAUGAAUACAAUUUUUAGACUUGUAUAUGUACAUAAACAUAUAUUAGAUAUAUGAACAAUGUAGAAAAGAAAAGUAUUUACAAUUGAAAAUAUUAAAUUCUAAUUUGAAGAACGAAACGGAAAUCAUUCAAUUAACUAGUUUAUAAAAUAGACAGAUUAUUUUUGUACCAUACGAAUAUGUACCGAUUAUUAUAAAAACUAGUUUAGGAUCUGGCCAUCUGCACAUUGUAAAUAACCAGUUAAGGUGAUUUAUUUAUGGUCCAUUUGCAGAUCAACAGAAGAACGUACAUAUAUAAAACUAAUCAAUUUUACUAUGCAAUAUCAACUUUACUAUAGAAAAAAACCGGAAAAUCUCACAAAUAUUGAAUGCGGGUUUUUUAAACUUAGCUUUAAAGCUUAGGAUUGCAAAUGUAAAAGCUCGAUAUAUGUGCGUCUUAUCCACAAGCGAACAUAUUGAUUAAUCCCGGAUUUUGGGGCUAAGGAAAUAAAGCGACCCGGUGUACUAAAUAUUAAAUGUCCUUGAAUUUGUGUAACUUCGCGCAACUCUAUUUGCGUUUUGGCGGUAUACUAUAGUUUUAAUGAAACCAAUAAAACCUAUACCUAUCGUUGGAAUUGGUUCCUAA